UAUGAAAUACACUUGCGCUCUUCUACUCCUGGCGACCAUUGGCUGUGUCCUGGUCAGGCACACGAAUGCCCAAUCCACACCAGCUACCGAGGCCACAACUACCACCACAACUACCAGUGCUUCGGCCACAACAACUACUGCUUCUGCAACAACCACUGCUGCGGCUGCCACAACAACUGCUGCGGCAGCCACAACAACUGCAUCGGCUACCACCACCGCCAGUGGCACAGAGACAACUACUGCCUCAUCAGUAACUCCAUCUUGUUGCUGUUGCAAGAAAGAUAAGACUAAAGCCAAGUUCCAUUUAAUUGUGGACAAGCCAAAAGUAAACACUACGAGACGUAGGAAGACUAAGGGUAAGGGUAAGAAAGGCUGCAGCAAAAAAUGGUAAAUGUAAGCUGACCAAUUCAGGAUAAUGAGAAACUCUAAUGGAACCGAGCGAGUUAUGGACUCUUCGACUGUAUCACAAAAUUUCUUAUAUAAGUAUUUUAUCUGUUUUGUUAACUUUUUAUAGAACUA